AUGGCGCUGCCCGAGGAGCCGGUGCCCCCCAUCGUACCCCCCUGCCCGCUGCCCGGMAAGAUCUGCGAUGUGGCCCGCAGCGAAAGGCCGCGCUCCUGCUGCGGCAUGGCCAUGGCCGGCCUCCGCACCGCCAAGUACCAGCUGCCCGAGUGGCACCGCAGGAACACGGGCGUCUACUACCAGGCCUUCACGGCCAGCGAGCARGCGGAGCGCGACCGCGCCGGGGCCCAGCAGCUGAUCAAACAUGCGGCCGCCAGCGCCCAGCGAGCUCAGGAAUACUCCAAGAGCACCCUGGACCAGCGGCUGCAGGACAUCCACUUCUGGAGGAUGGAGCUCCAGAAGGAGAUCAUGGAGCUGGACGCCGAGACCAACAUGCUGGCGGCGCAGAAGCUGCGGCUGGAGCGGGCGCUCGAUGCCACCGAGGUGCCCUACGCCGUGGUGCUCGAUAACCUGGAGUGCCGGGACAGGAGGCAGCCCCCUGACCUGGUGACCGAUGAGGUGGAGAGGGAGCUGCUGAAGGAAGCUGAUCUGAUCCGGGAUAUCCGGGAUCUUUUAAAAAGAACCAUAAUCCAAGCUACCACCCAGAUAAGAUCCAACCGGAUCGCCAAGGAGAACUGUGAGCUGGACUGGUCGGACAAGGUGGAGACCUAUCACAUCGACGACAAAUGCAUCAGCUACUGCAACGACAGCACCAACGUCCAGAGCCACCCCAGCUCCGUCAAAUUCGAGGAGAACGCCUCCACCCCAAAGACCUGGGCCCAGUUCAGCCACGACAACAUUUCCUUUGGGGAACAGGAAAAAUUGGCUUCGGUGCAGCUGCGCUCCCUGAUCAACAACAUCAUCCACGACGCCUCCGAGGACCUGAGGAUGCAGAGGGCAGCAGUCAACGAGGCCUUUGAUGCCCACUGCAAGCAGCUGGAUGAAGCCAAGUACAAGCUGGAGCGGCACCUGGAGCAUAUCCUGAAGGAUAUUAAGGAUGAGGAAGACAACAUUAUGAGUCUGAAGAAAGCCAUCAAGGAUAAGGAAGCUCACCUGAAGGUGGCUCAGACCAGGCUCUAYGACAGAUCCUUCAGGCCCAACAUUGAGCUCUGCAGGGACGAGCCCCAGUUCAGGCUGGUGAGCGAAGUGGAAGAGCUUGCUGUAUUCCUGGAGGCCCUGAAGAGAAAACUGAUGGAAUCUGAGCAGAACCUGAAGAAUUUGGAGGAGACCAGGAUGAAGCUGGAGAAGGAGAUCGCUGUGAAAGCCAACAGCAUUUUUAUUGACCGGCAGAAGUGCAUGGCCAACCGCGUCCGCUACCCCGUGGACCUGGAGGUGGCCAGUUACAAACCAUGAUUUCUGCCUUCAUCCCUGUGAAAUCUGGGAGAAAAGAAAAAUCAGUUCCUUCUUU